AUGGUUCCAUUGUCACUCUCUGACAGCCCACCUUCUGUCACCAUGCAUCAAGACCUAACAACAUCAUCCCCAGCCUGCUUUGGUGAAGAGCAAACUCAAGCUGACAAGUCCGAAUUGCAGACCAAUCAAUCUCUGCAACAAUCUCUGGUGGUGAUACGUUCACAAAGACGCCAACCAUGUCAACACCUGUAUCCUGCUGCAGCUCCUACUCCUACUCUUGCACGUCGAUCUUGUCGAUCUCCAUCUCCUGCAUGUCGACAACCUGCUCCUGCCCCUGCUCCAGCUCCUGCACAUUAA